CAUAGAACUUAAGAGCAGGAGUAGGCUAUUUGGUCCUUCCACCUUGCUCCACUAUUCAAUAAAAUCAUAGCUGAUCUGAUUGUCAUCUCAAAUACACUUUUGUUUCUGUCCAUCCAUAACACUCAAUUCCCACCUCGAUCAUAUUGCUUUUCAGCCAAUAUAAGUUCUUGAUUCACCACCUGGGAGUGGGUUGGGUGUGGGGUUUUCCCUCUGGUUGCUAUUUGUUUGCAGCUUCAUAACCAUAACAUAAACACCUCUUUUGAUAGUUACUUUUGUAAAAUUGUGCAUCUGGUCUUUUAGAAUACUUUAGGAUGUUACUAAAAACUGAAACUCCUCAAUUUUACAAUAUUGCUAAUACGGUCUGACAGAGGAAAUUUUUCCUAUUGGUGAGCUUUUAAUUUUGAAUGGGUCAUUGUGACCUAUGCUUAAAGGCAUCGUUCACCGAAGGCGUGUAUAGUUUUCUAACUUAAAUAGCAUAGCAGCGGCAUACUUUUGAAGUGCAGCAUUGAGUGGAAAAGUUAUUUUCUAUCAAUAGCCACAUGUUCCACCCGGUGUAAUUUUGUUAGCUGUGCUCCUGCUGAACUUCCGAGUGAAAGAGCAAAACUCAAUCCCUUUACUUUCUGGGCCUUGAGUUCCACUGGGCGUCAACCGAUAUGAGCCACUUAUCAGGCUGCUGUAACAGCCAGAAUGCGCAUCAGGCUAUCACGCAGCAUUUUAAACCGAAAAUGAUUCAGCUGUUUUGCACUAUCUGUGUGUUAAACCUGAAUAAUGUUUCCUUUUUUCGGGCUGGGACUUUUUCAAAGAAAGACGACUCUGAAUGUUUAACUUAAAUAUAGAAAUAUAUUUUACUACAACUUUGCAUGUAAAGGAAAUAAAUGAUUGAAAAGCACAUAAAUCAGAUUGAACGAAGAGUGAAAUAUAGAGAUAACAGAUCCCAUUGGUUUUUAUCGUUGAAGCCUUGUUCACCGACGGGCAAGUGGACCCCGCGGGUAUCCCACACUCUUCGUGGCUUCAUUCCAGCGCUGAAUACCAUUGGCAUCCGGAAAUGAUGAAAAUUGUGGUCUGGGGAGAAAAGGAGGAAAAAAGGCUCUCUGUGAAGAAAAGUGAAGAAAUGAGUUGGAGAGGAAUAAUGAUUGCUGAUUCUGUUUCUGGCAUCUGCGCCUGAGUGAGCUGCUUGGCAGAUGUCCCAGGUGAAAGAGCCUCAAGGGCCUGAAGGGCCAGAAGAGGACAUUUUUACGGAAAACAGUCUUUUGCUCCACACUGACGAUACCAAUAAGCCUGAGGAGGGGAGAGAAGUUGCACAGCAGGAGGCCUUACCUUCACCAGGUAACUGGGCCAUACAUCAAGAUGCAGCACACCCAUCAACCAUGGUGAAUGACACUACUGGUGAUCUCAUCAGAACUCAACCUCAAUCGCUGCCUUGGCCAACUACUUCAGCACUGGAACAGACUGAGGGGGAAACUGGCAAAUUGCAAAAUGGCCACUCGAGUCUGAGUAAUGUAAAUGGAAUCCACAAUGGGAUCACACAUGGGAUUCCAGACCACAGAAAACUCUCUGCUCCAGUCUCUCAGAAAAUGCACAGAAAACUCAAAUCAAGCCUUUCUGUGAGUAGUAAUGGCAGCAGGAAAAGCAAGUUAAGCUCUACAAACUCUCAGAAACCAACAUCCACACCAGAAGACUGCUGAGGAGGAACUUUGCAGAAUAACCUUGAGCAGGCAUUCAGAUUUGUGGUCAUCAUGCAUGCUCCAUGACUUUGUCAACAAGAGGAAGCAGCCCUUACCCACAACCCAGGGAGCAAAAGGUGCAAGAGGAGAAGUGGAGGAGCAGCAUCAACCAUCAGUGCCCAGGGCUGGCAAAGCUCUUAAAGAGCAGUUCAUUGAAGAGCAGUUCACCUGAACCAUUCCUCGCAUUCCCAAUACAAUGGCAAUUUUGCAAUCCUUACCACCACUGUCAAUAUCAGCACCUUCCUUCAAUGCAGCUUUAUGAGUCUUGCCCUCACUUGCCUACAAAUAUAAACACCAAUCCUGAACCCAGAAUUAAAAGAAACAGAUUUAUCAAACAACUGAAUUCCAGCUGUAGCCAAUAUUUGAAAGGAACAAUUAAAAAUAACCCUUCUGCCUUUUUUGAGCUCAUCUACUUAUGCUAGUGCUGCUACAAUGGCUACUGCUUAGGAGGCUGCUGAGCUUUCAUUGAGGACUCUUCAAAUGGACUCUAGCAGCUCUGGGCCUUGAGUUCAGGCUGAAGCAUUUUGCCAUAUGUUGGGCAGUCUGGCACAUCUACUUAUAUGGUGAUAACACAAGCAUUAGUGAAUGGGUGGCAAGGGAGCAGGCAUGCUGUAAUCCCGAGAGAAAAUAGCAAGUGCAUCUUCCAUGAAGUCACAACCCCUCUUGGGACUGAACCUCUGAACCUUUUUGAUUCUGCUCAAUAAGCAAGUGCAGGAGUAAUGAGACUGUGAUACCUUGUUAGCUACUAUGGAAGCAGUAAGAUCUGUUAGCAUAGGAUUAAUCACUGUGGACACCACUGGCAUGUUCAUUGGUGCUGACUGAUCAGUUCAUGGUGGAGAGAAUAGUACCCAUGCUCUGCAUGAAUCUUUAGCAAAAUAGGAGAUAAGACUCCUCUAUGUCCUAAACCGUUGUAUGCUUUCAGGUUGCCCAUCAGUUACCCUUGUAAUGUGGGUUCUCAAUAUUUGCAUUGGAGUCUUCUAGAGCAGGGGUAGCCUGCGAUCUCUCCCUUCAACAAGCUGACAUAGUUCCAUCUCAGCUCCUUGUGCUAGCUCCCUGCAUAUUCCCUGCUCGGUGUUUCAUCAUGUGAAGACACUUCCUCAAGCUGACUGUCUAAAGUAAUCGUGUUGCCGAUAUCUACGCAUGUACUCGUCAAGUGUGCUCCGAUCAAGUGAUGGUUAGCCUUCAGGAAGGCUAGUCCCCUCUUCCUGAAGUGGCAGAGGUACUUUCACAUUUUCAGCCCCUUAAAAUGAAAGGAAAGGACAUGCGUUAGAUUUUAGAAGAGAGAAAAGUGGCUGCUGAAUGCAUCUGCCCUUUUUCAUAUAACAUGUAUAGGGUGAGAUAGAGAUGAAGAGGAUAAGGUGAAGAAACGCUGCACAACCUCCCCUCCAGCAUUGCCAUUACCACAGCCAUCAUUACAUCUUUAUUCAUGAUAACCAGAUUGUUUCCUUCCAUUAGGCGAAAGUGUGCGGGCUGAUUCAGCAUUCCUUCAAUGGCAGCCUUCCCCACAAGGAAGUGGGGGUGUGUUAGUGAUGGUCUUGAAACAGUUUGUGAAUGUGCCUACCAUGAUGAAUAGUUGGUAUGCACUGUAAGGUAUGAAGUGUGGAGAAGUGAGAGCUGAAAUAGUGAUGUUUGUGUAAUUAAAAGGAGGUGUAGUGAAGAGUGAUGCAGAUUGUAGGAAAGUGAAGAGAAGCAAAGAGGUGUUUUUUCUAAGUGGAGUGACUGUAGGUGGCGUAAGCGUGAGCAGGGAGUGUGAGCGGCCAAUAUUGCCUUGAUAACUCUGGUGAGAUCAUUCUGCAAGAUUGUAGGUAUGUCCUGGGAGUUAAACUUCUAGCAUUGACUUCUUUCAAAUGACAGAGAUGUUGCCUUCGGGCUUUCUGUCCUUGGGAAGUUCAGGCCUUCUUUCUAUCCAUUAGCUUGCUAGGGCCUCCAAAGCAAGAGAAUCCGGGAACCCGAUUUGCAGGAUUUAUAGUCAUUCCUCUCUGGGUUAGUGUUUUAAGUUCAUUGUAUUUUAAGUUCACUUUUACUUGAAAUUGUUUCAGGAUUCACUGCCAUGGAAACCAGGUUAGAGAAAUCAUUAUUCUUAGAUAAAGUUGGCUAGUUUCAACAAAAAGCCAUAGAUGGUAGAGAUAACAAGUGGUACAAAGUUGUGGAUACUUGUUGAAAUACAUUGAUUCAGUAGUGUGUUGGGAACAUUAGACACGACUGCAGUGAACAAUAGCCUGGUUCAUCAGCCUGAUCAGGGAUAAAAACUGCAAUGAGUCAACUUCGGUGUGUCUAUCUAUUCUGUCUAUUUUACAAAAAUAUUUUUGAGGGUUAUUUUCACUUUCAGUGCAGGCACAAACCUGGUAGUUGCAGAUUAGCUAUCUGUUAUACAACCUAUCAGUGUGCUAAAAACAAAAUUUACUCUCAUAUCAGUUGUUGGCAUAUCCUGAGUUAACUGUAUGAGGAUUGCAUGAGAGCCAAUUAUGUGAGAAUGAAGGUUACUGAUUGUUAAUUGUGGCAGUGAUUAUUUUAGUGCAUUUUUACUUGGUCUGGGUGGACUAAGUUGUCCAAUUGGGGAAAAUCAGAAGGAUGCAGUUCUUUUUCCAUGUGUGAAGGAAGUGAUUUUUCCACUUUGAAUUAGUAAGAGAGCUGAGGUUACCGCACUUUUAGUAAGAGACAUGUUAAAUUAGGGAUCUGUAAAAAGAAUUGCUGAAAUGAAUCCCUAAAGCCUCAAACAUCUGAAAUGUAUAAUUACAAUAAAAUAUGUCCAGAUUGUGAUA